AUGGAUAACGAACAAUCACAAAUUGCCAAAUUAACAGCAAAACCUCGAGUUCAUUUUGGUUCAUUAGAAGAUCAGGAAAUUGUUAAAAGAGCUCGUUUAGAAGAAACUCCUGUAAAAAGCAAUGGCAUUGAUCUUGAUGCUUUGGUUGAAAGUAAUGAACCUGCUUAUAGUGUCAAUGCAGGAGAGGCAGAUAGAGAAGCAUUAGAAGAAUUCGAACGAAGAAAAAGAGCUUUUCAAUUAGCUGUUCCUACAGAUGACGGACGUGUUAGACAAAGACUUCGUGAAAUCGGUGAGCCUCAAUGUCUUUUUGGUGAAGGUCCUGCUGAUCGACGUGAUCGUUUGAGAUAUUUACUUUCUAAAAUUCAAGGACACCAAGUCGAAAGUGAAGAAUCUGAAGUGGAGGAUUCUGAAGAGGAAGCUGAAGAAGAAUUUUUUACCCCAGGAUCAAUGGAGCUUUUAGAAGCAAGGAAAUGGUUAACAAAAUACUCAUUACCUAGAGCAAAAAAAAGAAACGAUAGACAGAAAGAAGAACAAAAUAUUCCUUUAGCAUUACUAAAAGCCAGUAGACAAGAGUUGCAUUCAAAACUUAAGGCAUAUACAAAUUGGUCUUCACAAAUUGCUGAUGACCGACCAGUUGCUCAAUGUUCUUUUAGUCCUGAUUCAAAACUAUUAGUGACAGGAGCCUGGUCAGGCCUUUGUAAGAUCUGGUCUGUGCCUAACUGUGAAUGCUUAAUGACAUUAAGAGGACAUAAUGAUAAAAUUGGUGGAGUUGUGUUUCAUCCACAAGCAACAUUAAGUCAGGAAAAAAAUGCACUUAAUUUAGCUUCUAGUGGAGCCGAUGGAGUAAUUCAAUUAUGGAGCUUAGCAAAAGAAACACCUUUAGCUAGUUUAAAAGGACAUGUUGGACGUGUUGCUCGUAUCAAUUUUCAUCCUUCUGGAAGAUAUUUAGGUAGUGCAAGUUUUGAUGGUACUUGGCGUUUAUGGGAUGUAGAAACAACACAAGAAUUAUUAUUGCAAGAAGGACAUUCAAGAGAAGUAUAUGCUAUUUCAUUUCAAUGCGAUGGUAGUUUAGUAGCAACAGGUGGAUUAGAUGCUAUUGGUAGAAUUUGGGACACAAGAACAGGCCGAUCUUCGAUGACACUUGAGGGACAUAUGAAGGAUAUUGUGGGUUUGGAUUGGUCACCUAAUGGAUAUCAUUUAGCUUCAGCUAGUGCAGAUAAUACUGUUAAGAUUUGGGACCACAUCAAUCACUUGUGUCAGAUGUCAAAUAUAGUAAAGGUGUUCCUAGUGGAAACAAUAACAAUGCUUCAGAUCCUCAUAAUAUUGCAGGCUUAUACCUUACUACCUCUGGCUAUGAUGGUUGUGUUAAGAUCUGGUCAGGUGACGAUUUUAAAUUAA